UAACAGCAAAUUGACUGAUGUACGCAUGCGUGGAAGUAUUACAGUAUAGUUCCGGUUCAGAAUUGUAUAUCUUGGAGAAAUAUGUUAUUACUAAAUUCUCUCUGCUGAAUGAGUAAGUUAGCUUGUACACUGGCAUUAAUUGAAAGGAAAAAGAAUUCCCUGAAAGAGAACAAGCAUUACAUUCAAUACAUUUGGUGUACUAAGAAGAAGAAAAGGAAAAAAAAAACAUGGAUUACGGAAUGGAAGAUGGUGUAUUGUUUGUUAGAAAGUCUAAGAUAUAAAUAAAAUAAUUUCUUUGAACUGUAUAAAAAGUAAACUAUGAAUUUAAAAAUCAGCUUAACAGUUCUGUUGCCAAUGAAUACAGAAUGUCAAUGAUACGUCACUGGCAGCCUCCUUGAAGUUUGUGUUUUAAGAAUUAGAGCAACUAUACUUGUAUUUAUUACACAUAAACAAACAGCAUGUAUAGCAGACGCUGUUUUGUUUGGUUAAAAAAUAGCCUUCUCUGGAAAAGUAACUUCCGAAAAUGUUCAUUGACAAAAAUUCUGAUAGCCUUGUUCAGUCUAUCUUCAUUAAGUUUUCUUGCAUAUCAAUGUCUUAUUGAUCAUUCCCAUGUGAAAAGGCAUGAAAUUCCAGUCUCUACAAUUGAAUGUCGCUUAAAUCCUAUUAGUGGUGGUAUGUUUAGUCCUAGUGAUCAUUCUUCUAGCAGUAAUCAUCGCAUAGACAACAAAGUUCUUGUCAUCGUGGAAACUCAGUAUUCAUAUCUUGGACAGGAUAUCAUACACUUAUUGGAAGCAAUACGGGUAAAGUACAAAGUUGAACCCAAUGGCAAAACCUUGCCCUAUUUAACUCAUGGAAAUAAAGGGAAAUACAGUGCUAUUAUAUUUGAAAAUUUUGAUGCUUAUGUUAAUAUGGAUGCUUGGAAUAGAGAAUUACUUGACAAAUACUGUAGGGAUUUUAAUGUAGGAAUUAUUUCUUUUGUUGCAAGUCGGGAUAAUAUAGCCUAUUCUAAACAAAUGAAAGACUUUCCUCUCACAAUUUACCAAUACAUGGCAAUCGAAGAUUACGAACUUAAUCCAAUGUCAAAUAUUUGGCGGAUCACACGGCCUGGAGAAAUAAUUCGUGGUCCUUUGAAAGAUGAUGAGUGGGUCAUUUUCCAGUUUGAUCAUGCUACUUACAAGCCACUUUCUUAUGCCAAACUGUCAAGGAAUUACGGACGCUAUAUUGAACUUUCUGGUAAUACUGUCUUUCCAGCUAUCCAAGAUUUGGGAUUGCUGGAUGGAAUACAGAAAGUUAUUUUUGGAAAUGGAUUGAGGUUUUGGCUCCAUUGCCUUGUGUUUCUUGAUAGUUUAUCUUAUCUUUCUCAUGGAAAGCUGAGUUUACCUUUAGAUCGUUAUGUUCUUAUUGACAUUGAUGAUGUAUUUGUUGGAGCUGCUGGCAAACGGAUGAAAGUAUCUGAUGUUCAUGCACUGCUUGCAGCUCAGAACCGGUUGCGGAGUCAUAUCAAGGGUUUCUAUUUUAAUUUGGGAUUUUCUGGAAAAUAUUAUCAAAAAGGUACACCAGAAGAGAACUUGGGUGAUCGUCUCUUAGUAGCUAAUUCUGACAAGUUUUGGUGGUUUGGUCACACAUGGAUGCAUACACAGGCCCAUUUUCAUGAAAAUGCCAGCAGUUUAGAAGAGGACAUGAGUCUAAAUAAAGAAUUUGCUCAGAAAUAUAAUAUACCAGUAGUUAACAACUAUGCUGUGGCGCCACACCAUUCUGGUGUCUACCCUGUACAUGAACCACUCUAUGAAGCCUGGCACAAAGUAUGGAAUAUCACAGUGUCUAGUACAGAAGAAUAUUUACACUUGAGACCUGCAAGGCGAAGAAGAGGAUUUUUCUAUCGGGGUAUUAAGGUUCUUCCUCGCCAAACAUGUGGGCUUUAUACUCACAAUCUCUUAAUAGACAAAUACCCAGGUGGUCGUGAAAAGCUAGAUGCCAGCAUUCGAGGGGGAGAACUCUUCCAGACAUUUCUUUACAAUAAGGUCAACAUCUUUAUGACACACAUGUGCAAUUAUGGCAGUGACAGGCUUGCUUUGUACACAUUUGAAAGUGCAGUUAAAUUUUUGCAAUGUUGGACCAACUUACAUUUACAAACAAUUCCUCCACAAGAACUAGCUCAAGUUUAUUUUUCCUCAUAUCCAGAUGAAUUAAACCCAAUAUGGGUGAAUCCUUGUCGAGAUAAAAGACACUUGGCUAUUUGGUCACCCAGAAAAGUAUGCAAUACCCUCCCUCAUCUGAUUGUUAUUGGACCUCAGAAGACAGGUACUACUGCUAUUUACACAUUCCUGAAUAUGCACCCUUCAAUACGAAGCAAUGUGAAACAGCCUGUCAUCUUUGAAGAACUCCAUUUCUUCAGUAGUGAUCAGUACUACAACAAAGGAUUAGAUUGGUAUAUGAAUGCCUUUAAACUAGAUAACCCAAACCAAACAGAUAUAAUAUUCUUUGAAAAAACUGCUGCCUAUUUUGAUAAUCCAAUGGCACCAAUGAGAAUUGCUAGUUUAAUUCCUGAUGUAAAACUGGUUUUGAUUCUCCUUGAUCCUAUUAAACGAGCAUAUUCUUGGUAUCAGCAUGCACGAGCCCACCAAAAUCCAGCCUCUUUGAAUUAUACAUUUUAUGAGAUAAUCACAGCUGGAGAAGGAAGUCACAAAAUUCAGCGAGAUCUUCGGAAUCGAUGUCUGAAUCCAUCUCUGUAUGCUCAACACUUAGAACGCUGGCUUGAUUACUUCCAUCCAUCUCAGCUACUUAUCCUUGAUGGUCAAGAAAUAAAGGACAACCCACCAUUGGUUAUGUCUAAAAUACAGAAGUUUAUUGAAGUGAAGCCUUAUAUUGAUUUUAGAAAACUAUUACGUUAUGAUGCCAAGAAGAAGUUCUACUGUCAAGUCUUGUCAACAGAUAACACCAAGUGCCUUGGACCAGGCAAGGGCAGAGUAUAUCCUCCUAUGGAGGAAUCAGCAUACAGAUUCUUGAAAAUGUUCUUUCGCCGACACAAUGUAGCUCUAUCAAAAUUACUUAUGAAACUAAACCAAGCCACUCCAGUACCAGCUUGGCUUAAAGAAGAUCUCCAAGAAACCUUAUAGUAUAUAUAUAUGUAAUUUCAAAACCACACACACAUACACACAAAAUAUUUAUGUAAAAAUACAAUUAAUAUACACCUGUUUAGAUUAUUCAUCUAACAUUUAAAGAACAUUCUAGUUCUUGCUUGGCAAAAAAAAAAACAAAAAAAAAAACCCAACAAAAAAUCAAAACUCAAAACCCCAAAAUGAAUGCAUUAAAAAAAUUGUGUCUACAAUUUCCUACUCAUUAACACAUCAACUCUUUUCCUUCUCUGCCUCCCAAGCAUUUUGAUAAAGUCAAUAGGAAUAUGAGGAUUUUAUGUUGUAAGAAAAUUUAAGAUAUUUUUAAAAUUCAAUUUCUAUAAUUAAUCACAUAAGCAUUUAUGAGAGGAACAAACCAUCAUUUCUCUCUCUACUUCUCAUUAUAUUAUCAUCCUUCUUCAUAAUUACUACAGUGAUACAAGUGAAUACAUUCUCAUGUAUGGAAUGCUUAAUAUUUGAGUAUAAUUUGGUUGGUGUAAGUCUCAUGCUAUCAGGAUUUGAUGUAUUUCAGCUAUUCUUCUUCAAUAAAAUAUUCCAGAGAGCAUUAUAUAUAUAUAUAUAUAUAAUGAUGUGAAUAUUGUAUGAUUUAUUUGUAUUCAAAAGUGUUAACAUUUAUUGAACAACAGGAAAAAAAAAUUUUUUCCCCAAAUAUAUGUUACAUUUUUUGUUUUGGAAGGUUUAAUUGUCAUGGUGCUGGCCAGAUUGGAACACUAUGCAAGUCAUUUAAUCUUAAUUGUAAUGCUGUAAAUUCCUAGAACAGCUGAUAAUUGCCCUCCAUCGUUUUGUUGUUAUAUUUUUCUUUUGCAUGCUGUGUGGGUUUCUUGUUAGUUGUACUGCUAAUAAAAUCCAAAUAUCAUUUGAGAACUACAAUUUACUGUAGGUGUUGCAGCUGAAUAGUUAAGAUGCUGAACUAAGUCACUUGUUUGAAAGCCAAGUAUGAUAUGGUCUCUUUAAUUAAAGUACAUUACAUUAUAUAUAUAUAUAUAUAUAUAUAUAUAUAAUCUGAAGCAAGGGAAAUACAAAUAUCAAAAUACAGCAUAAGUAUAAGGGGCAUUCAUAGUUAGUAUUAUUAGGUUGAUGUUCAAAGAAAGAAUAAAAGUAUAAUGUUUCAAACAGUUCUUUGUUGGAUAGUAGAGGAAAGUCCAGGAGAGACUGGGAAGGGACUAAAGGAGAUAAAAAGGAAAGCUUAGAUAGAAUACAUGUGGAUUAGAUUCACAUGUUCAGCCUUACAUAUGUACAUAUGCACUACCCAAAGUGUCACUGCAUGGCACUGUAGGCAGGUGUCUUCUACUGUAGCUUUGAGUUGGUCUGACCAAUGUCUUGCAUAGAGCUGGUAGAUGAAAACUAUGGAAGCUUGUUAUAUGCGUGUGUACAUUUGAGAAUGUUUACAUUCCAUGUCCCUGCAUGAAAGCAUCGAGCUAAAAACAAUGACACUUGACAUUCCCUGUCAACAAAUCAUUUUUAGCUCUGAAUUUCCAAAAACAAGUGGAAUAAAAGUCCCUUUCUUGAAAAACAUGUGACGGCUAGUAGUUGGGGUGAUUUAGCUCAUGAUCAUAAGGCUGUGGGUUGAAAUCUUGGAUCAAGCAGCACAUUGUGUUCUUGUGCAAGGUUCUUCAUUUCACAUUGCUCCAGUCAGUCUACUUAGCUGUAAAUGAUUACCAGCUGAGUGGUGGUAUAGCUCCCUUUCCUUCGAGCUACUGCAUCACAGAGGUAACGCUAGGUUCAAAGGAUAGGAGUAGUUGAGAGGGUGUUUGUCUGCUCACAACUACAUAGGUACUCUAACACAAUUAGUAAACUGUACAUUUUACAAAGCUGUUCUCAUUCACAGGUGACAGUUGAUUAUUUUACUCAGGAAACAGAUAAAGGUAAGCCACAAAGAAUGAGUUUGGUUAUAAAACAGUGCCUGUAUAUGUAGUUAGCCAACCUAUAUUAGCAUGAAAAAUGGAUGUAAACUGAAUGAAUACACUCUCUCUCUCUCUUUCACUCACACACACACACACACACACACAACUGUGGGUGAGAUGAACAUUCUUAUUUCAUAAUGGCUGCAGGCAUUGUAUGGUUAAGAAGUUUGCUUUGCAACAAAAUGACUUCAAGUUCAGUCCCACAGUAUGGCAUCUUGGACAAGUUCUAUCAUAUCUACAGAUUGACUUGUACUUUGUGAGUGGCAUGGGAACACUCGAUAACUGUGGCAACCAAUCUUGUGUGUAUGUAUAAAUACACACAUACACACACAUAUCCAACUUAAUAUGAAUAUUUUGUUAGAACACUGAAUACUGUGGUAUUUAACUUGAGAGACUCUCAAGAUAAUUACUACAGUAUUUCACAUUCUAACAAAACAUCCAUGUUAUGCUGGAUAUAAAAAUUUCCUUAUAUAUAUAUAUAUAUAUACUGACCGAGAGCUUUGGAAAUGUGCUGUGUGUGAGAAGACCCGGCAAGCCAAGUGAGAUCGUUGCCAGUGCCCCUGGACUGGCUCUUGUGCGGGUGGCACAUAAGAUGUACCAUCUUGAGCGUGACCGUUGCCAGUACCGCCUGACUGGCCUUUGUAGGGUUUUCGAGCGAGAUCGUUGCCAGUGCCCCUGGACUGGCUCUUGUGUGGGUGGCACAUAAAAGACACCAUUUCGAACGUGGCCGUUUUCGUGCGGGUGACACGUAAAAGCACCCACUACACUCUCGGAGUGGUUGGUGUUAGGAAGGGCAUCCAGCUGUAGAAACACUGCCAAAUCAGAUUGGAGCCUGGUGUUGCCAUCCGGUUUCACCAGUCCUCAGUCAAAUCGUCCAACCCAUGCCAGUAUGAAAAGCGGACGUUAAACGAUGAUGAUGAUACAUAAAUAUUACAUAAAGGGGAUUAGCGGGAUCUAGACAACUACCACAGGAUGUACAGAAGAGGAAAGCAAAUUGAACAUCUAGGAAUUUUGAUUAUUGGUAGAGUACAAGACAAAACAAAUGAAGGAAUAAAGUUAUUGGUAUCACAUUAACCAGUUAUUGUUUCAAUAACAGUUGGAGUAAAAAGUCAUUCAUCAUGCUGGAAUAAAUAUAAACAAUAAUUGUGUGGGUCCAUGAAACCCAACCCAACCUGACAUUUCAUGAAGGCCUUUAAACAAUAUGUUUGCACAUGAAUAGGUAUGGCUACAAAUACUAUCAAAAGGAGGGACUUCUGUAGUUAUAAAGUAACCAUAUUAACUGAAAGACAUAGAAUAAAGGGUUGAACAGACAGAAAGGCAUAUAUGUUUCUAGAUAAGACUGUGAUGCCAAGCUCAAUAGGUUAGGCAAGAUAAAAGAUGGAUAAUUUAGUAGGUUGUCUGAGCAAGGAAGAGUGUAUUCCAUUUUGGGUCAAUAAAUACAAUGAUAUUCACAGGUCUUUAUUAGGGGGAGUAACAUCUAAGAAACAAGAAUAAACGAGAGAAACAAAUGCAAGAAGAGGGUUGUGAAGAAUAGAAAGAAGACGAUCAUUGUCCAAAUGUUAUAGUAAAAUAAAAUAAUGGAAUUAUCACAACAUACUGAUUCAGCAAAAAGUUUUAUAAGAGGGUUAAAUAUUGAAAUGGGAAACAUUGGUAGAUUAAUAUUCCUAGAAGUUGUUAAUACCUUUAUAAAGGAUAAAAGGGAUGUGGAACUGUAUGUGUGGAGAGAUCAGAGUAUAAUAAUAGUAAUAGUGAGAACUGGAAUGCAGUUGCUAGAAAUGUUCUAUUUUAUAAUUUCCUGUGAUACACGAGUUAGCUAAUGGAAGUUUCAAAAAAAAAAUUUUUUAAUGUGUGUAUGUGUAUGUAGAAGCAAGAAACUGAAAAGCUAGUGACUAGAUGCAGUUGGAUCGAUGACUGGCUCAUUAUUAACAAUAUGUGACUAACAGCAAUAUUGUUCAUAAAUUGUAUUUAUUAAACAAACUUAUUUGUUAUAAUAGAAAAAAAAAAAUAAUAAUAAUUCAGAGAAUUCUUUGUUUGUGUACAGUUAGAUCAGAUGAUUUGAGGCUGGGAAUCUUAUAUAUUUCCAAUUACUCCAUUGUGAACUAAUUCAUUCUGUUAUCAGUUGAACAAGUUAUGUGCCUACUCUAAUGAUCUAGCACAAUAACUGAAGCUAGGAUUGAACCCAAGUUCAAGUGAUCAGUAAUUUAGUACCUCAGUCUUACAGUGGUCUAAAUUUGCAGGCUGCAAUAGUAUGUUAAAACAACCUGUGUAUACCAGUGUGUGUAUGUCUAAUGUAAUAUUUAGUGUUAUCAAUUAGUAUAGAUUAUAAUCAUUUACUGAUUGUGGAGCUCUGUACUAGAAAUAGAGGUGAGAUUGUCAUACAAGUUUCAUCUAAAAGCUUAUUCAACCAGUGUAUUUAUGCGCGCGCACACAUACGGAGUUGUUCUAGUACUCUCAUCUGAAAUUGAGUACCAGUGAAUCUUGCAGUGGGCUGGCAUCCUGUUCAGAAGGAAGAAAUGAUCUUGUACUCCAGGCCAAAAUGUCUUGAAAACCGAGAUAAGCGCAGCCGCAUUAUCCUAUAGGCUUCGGGGAGAUAACUCUGUAUUGUUUCGAUUUUAGUUAUCAAACAUGACUUGCUACGGUUUCCAAUAUUGGUGAAAGGUUUUGAGGGAGAAAAGCAACAUUAAGUCGUGUGUCGAUAUCUCAUGUUCAACUUUGAUAUUUUCUUUUACAAGCAAUAACAUUUUUAUAACUCUGUAUGAUUUUGUUGAUUUUUCUUUUCAUUUAUUAAACAAACUUAUGUUUAUGGGUUUUUUAUAGUUA